AUGAAAGUAAAUGAAUAACAAACCGAAAAUUCAUUUUAAAAAAAACAAUAAUAAAUAAAUAACGAGUAAGAUAAGCCUCAUAUUAACACCAUAAACAAUCAAAAGAAAAGUUUUAUAUCUAAUAAUGGUAAUUAAAAGUAACCUCAUGCCCCCACAAUCCUCCAAGCAUCCAAAAACGGUAAAAUAAAAGAGUAAAUACUAGAAACCGAAAACAACUAAAUGUUAAAUACCCUUACACAUUAAGAAAAAGAAACUUUUAAGACUAUAAUAGAAGAUAAUGACGAUGGUUUUGAUAAAAGUACAGGUUUUGAAGAUGGUAGAAAGACUAAAUCAUAUUUCGGUAGGUAUUUACUUAUAGACUAAGCCGUUUCUUCUUUUUCUUUUCUAUCAGUUAUUAUUACUGUUAUUAAUUAUGAACUAGAAUAUAAUGAAACAAAGGAAACAAUAGCCAUAUCUAUGCUUUGGGCUACUACAGUAUUAACAAUAGGCAUGUUAGUUUUAACAUUUGUGAGAUAUUAAGCUAAAUUAACAUGGUUAAAAACAAGAAAAGUAAUAUCAGAAAAAUAAAAUAUAAUAACAUCGGGUUUUAUUUUACCUUUAACAAUUGAAUUAAUAUUAAAUGCUGUACACCCAAUGCCUUGGACUUGGAAUAUAAGGAUAUAUUUUGUAAAUGAGCCUAGUGGAAAUUAAAUAUUUUAUUAUCAUGUAAAUGAAAUACUAACCUUAAUUAUGCUUCUUCGUGUCAUAUUAAUAAUAAGGACAUUACUAAUGAUGUCUGAAUGGUAUAAUAAUCGUACAUAAAGAGUAUGUAAUAUGUAUGCAUGCGAAGCUGACUAUUUGUUUGUAAUCAAAUGCAUAAUGAAGACAUAUCCUUAUUUUUUAAUCAUAUCAGCAAUGGCUAUAUCUAUAUUUGUAUUUGCUUUUGCUAUAAAAAUAUGCGAAUCACCUAUUGUAAGAGAUACAGAACCCAAAAUAUUCUAUAAUUUUUUAAGUAGUAUGUGGAAUAUAAUUGUGACAAUGACAACUGUUGGAUAUGGCGAUAUGUCAGCAAAAACUCAUUUGGGAAGAUUUGUAAUAUUCUUUGUAUGUAUAUGGGGUGUUUUUAUAGUUUCUAUGAUGGUUAUUACACUUAAUAAUACAUUAUAAACAACUACUUUAGAAAAUAAAGCAAUAGCAGUCCUAGAUAGACUAUAAUUAAAAGGAGAAAUGAGAGAAAGUGCAGGAAUGGUACUUACUUUAUUAGCAAGAAUAGAACCAUAAGUUAAUGAAGAUUAUAAUAAUAUAUUUCUUACUUGA